AUGAAGAAAGAGGUAGAGUCAUCCUCGGCUUGUACUAUCAAGCCAAUUUGGAUUUCUGCUUUCAGCUUUAAAGUAAGUUUUUUCCUAUUUUUCCAUUGCUAAGAAGACUUUUCAGAUGCGAGGCCUUCUACUUUUCUCGCUCGUCGCAAUGGCGACGGGCUUCUUACUUCCUCCUUCAAACAAGUCGGAGUCGUCUCCAGUAAAGCCUCCGACAGAAGAUCCACCUUCUGGAGACUUCGGACGCUUCUCUCGUCAUCCACGACGAUCUUCGCCGGCUCCAAAGGAAACGAGUGACGCCAGCAAUCUGCAUCAUAGAAGUACACCUGAAGCCUUCGCGUUCCAUCACAGAACAACUGGAUCCCCAGUCCGAGUGAAGCGAUCUCUCGGUUUCGAACAGGCCGCUGCCGAACUCAUGCCCGACGCCUCUACCAUCGACCCUCCCAGAGAGAAGCGUUCAGUAGAAGAUGAAGCUAAAAAGGACAAGCCUGUCAACUGGUGGGUGCCCUACACACUCCCGAUCCUGCCCACUUGGUCCCUGUUCAACAACGAAGAAGGGAAAACUCCGAUGCCAGUCACCAGACUUCCUUCCCCUACGGACGGUCUCGGAAGGCACACUACGCCUCGCAAAGAUAUUCGUCUCCCUACGGGCUCACCCGCUACCGACGAUGCCCUGUUUUAUGAUGGAAAAGGCUCGACGGCUAUUCUAUCAGAGCAGAAACACGAGACCGACUCGCUCGGUCAUCGCACAACGCCUGGAGGUUUGCCUGAAGUCUUUGAAUCAAAGUAAUUGGGAUUUUACAGAAGAAGAUGGGCACACAGCCGUCGUAAAUAAGAAUCAUCGAACGACGACUCGAAACUCGCGAUUCCGCAAACCGCCUCCUCGAACCACCGAAGCGCCAAAAAGCGAUAUCGCCUACUCUCCAGAACCUUCAGAAGGACGACAGAAUAGAACUUCAUCAGAGAGAACUACUCCAGGUAUGAGCAAGGAAAACGAACACUCUUCAUUUUUCAUUUCAGACGGGUCCAAGCUCAUUGUCAAAAACCCCUCGACUCCAGAGUCAGCGGCAAGGGAGAACCGUAGAAGUACACCUGGAAAAGAUGCCGCUCCAACCCUACCUUCUCGAAACGAUUCCAAUCUCAUCCUCAAACAUCGAUCAACUCCAGCCCCUCCGAAAAUUGUUCAAAGGACAGAGACUGCCUCUUUGAGCCGGCGCACGACUCCUGGAGAAGGUAUAGAGAAAAACAUUCAUGGAAGGUUAAAAAUUCGAACUUUAGAUGAGCUUGAAGGCAGUGGACACACUGAACAAGAGUUUCAUCGAUCGACACCGGAUUCGUCCAAAAUUCGUCCUCCAGCCACUGCCCGGACUGCUGGAGAAGCCGAAGCUGAAACAGCUGCUCCGACUGGUUCUAAUGACAUCAAGUACAGUGAUGCUACUAAAGAACAAAACCGAAGAAGACGGAACAAUACUACCCCAAAAGGUUGAUUUCGAAUCUUCCGGCUGAAUUACAAUUAUUCGUUUUUAGGAAGCUCACACACUUCAAGCGAUGCUCCAGAAGAGGCUCAAAGUCGGGAAACAGAUUCUUUGGAACGACGCACGACACCAGGAGGUGAGCUUCUGAAUCCACGAGAUCCUCUUGACACAGGAAUCUUUCCAGAUGACAGUCAAGCCUCCGCGGAGCGAUUUCAUCUCCCAACUCUGCCUCCUUGGCUCAAAAAGUUCACUCUGCCGCACGGUUGGACCUUCCCUCACCGACGGACCAGAGCCACCGAAGUUCCUCCGACAAUGGUCUCACCAGCUGUCUAA